AUGAACUGGAGCCUAGCGGCCGGUGACCGUGUCCGGUGUCUUCAGACGCAGUUGUUCCCCGUCUGUGCUACGCUUGCGGCCAAAGCCGGCUACUUGGGCAGUUUUCUGUCGAACAGCCUCAAAACGCACCAGCUCGAGGUGAACACCGACUCGAAGACGUUACGACCGAUCGCGCGCCUGAAAGAGCCCCGGGAACUGUUCGCACUGCCGAAGGAACGAGACUAUGAUUGCCCCCAGCAGGCCCCCCGAUGGCCCAUCGAAUGCCAGGUCCUCGAGGAGCGCGUGUACCAUCUGGAUGACGCACCGGAAACACCGGAACCGUACUACCAACCGACGGGAAAAGAGCUACAGCCGCGUCCGGUAGGCGAGGAAAAUGGCAUCAUCGUGUACAACUACAACCCCACCAGUGCUGUUCACUACUUUAGCCGCUCGACCGUCGGCGGUUCGAAGGCACAACCAGCCGCCCAUCCAACACCGCUAGAUCCGGAUGAUCUCGUGUUCGAGUCACGCUUCGAGAGUGGCAACCUUGGGCGAGCCAUCAAGAUUACGCCGACCUAUUACGAGCUGUACCUGCGCCCGGACAUGUACACCAAUCGGCACACGCAGUGGUUCUACUUUCAGGUGAAGAACACCAAGGCGAAGGUGGUCUACAGGUUCUCCAUCAUCAACCUGACGAAGCCAGACAGCCUGUACAAAGAGGGCAUGCGACCGCUGAUGUACUCGACGAUGGACGCGGAAUGCAAUCAGGUCGGCUGGAGACGAUGUGGCGAUAAUAUCGCGUACUUUCGGAACGAAGAUAACAGCAAUGGGUACAAUUACAGUCACUACCAUCACCGGCCAGCGGAUGACGACGAGGAUGAGUACAUUGGGACGAGUUCGUUCACGCUGUCGUUCAACAUCGAGUUCAAGUACGACGGCGAUACGGUUUACUUCGCCCAUAGCUACCCGUACACGUACUCCGACCUGCAGGACUAUCUGAUGUGCAUCCAGCGGAACCCGGUCAAGUCGAAGUUCUGCAAGCUGCGGCUACUUUGCCGUUCGCUGGCCGGCAACAACGUCUACUAUCUCACCGUCACCGCGCCGACAACGCACGAAGACGACAAUCAGAAGAAAAAGAAAGCAGUCAUUAUCACCGCACGUGUUCAUCCGGGUGAGAGCCCGUCCUCGUGGAUGAUGAAGGGAUUGAUGGACUUCAUCACCGGUGAUUCGUACGUGGCGAAAAAGCUGCGGCACAAGUUCAUCUUCAAGCUCGUGCCCAUGCUGAACCCAGACGGCGUCAUCGUAGGCAACACCCGCAGUUCACUGACGGGGCGUGAUCUCAAUCGCCAGUAUCGCACGGUGAUACGCGAAACCUAUCCCUCGAUCUGGAACACGAAGGCAAUGAUACGAAGACUGAUGGAAGAUUGCGGGGUCGCGAUGUACUGCGAUAUGCACGCACACUCGCGUAAGCACAACGUGUUCAUCUACGGGUGCGAAAACCUCAAACGGCACCCGGACCGACGCCUGCUGGAGCAGGUGUUCCCGCUGAUGCUGCACAAGAACGUAGCCGACAAGUUUUCAUUCGAGAACUGCAAGUUCAAGGUGCAGAAGAACAAGGAGGGCACAGGCCGGAUCGUAGUGUGGGUGCUUGGUGUCACCAACAGCUACACACUGGAGGCAUCCUUCGGUGGCAGCACGAUGGGAGGCCGUGCCGGUACACACUUCUCCACGGCGGACUACGAGCACAUCGGGCGGGCGUACUGCGAGACGCUGAUGGACUAUUACGACGAUAAUCCAAUCAAAGAGAAGCUGCGCAUGAAAAUCCUAACGAGACUGUCGAAGGAGGGCUCAAGCGCGGAGGAACCACUCAACAUCCCACUGUCGGACUACUCCAGCGAUGAGGGUGACACGAGCAGCAGUAGUUCGGAGGAUGAAGGCAAGGACAGCAUGGCCGAGCUGGAGGGUCCCUGCUGUUCCACGUUGAAGGUGCCACCGUCGUCACCGGUUCUGCCGCAGAAGCUCAAGGGCAACAAGAAGAGCAAGAAACAGACGGUUCCACUAACGCCUCGGCCGGCGGCAUUCCGCCGGAAGUCACACAGCGUGCAGCGCAUCGUGUUGGACAUCCCGACAACGGAGCCGGCGAGCGAUUUCUUCGAGUAUACGUCCGAGGAUGAGCUGCAGUUACCACCAGCGGCCGCUUCCGAUACCGAGAAUACGGUGAAACGGACGUUCCGGCGGCGUAAUCGGCCGCGCCGGACGGAUAACAUCCGGAAGCUGACGUUGCUCGGUUGCGAGACGCAGUAUCUUAUGCCACCGGAGCUGAUUGUGAGGUCUGCGGCCAACAGGUAUCAGUCGGAGGAUGAGGAUGAGCAGAGCAAGAUGGUAAUGAGCAUCAUCAAGGAGUUCCCGCCGGUGUUGGGUAAGGAGCGCGUCUGGCAGCGAUCGAGUGGAAGUGAACGGACGGUUGACGCAAUGAAAUCUGCCAGUCCGGAUCACGGUCAGAUGAGAUUCUCGCUGAAACGCUCCAUCUGGACCGGUACGCAUUCGGACGGGUACGUGAACGAUUGCUACAAUCCGCGUCCAAUCUCGUGGGGAGCUCCACCAACACUCGUCAAAUCGACACACUACGACAACGAGGCUCUGCUCACGGCCUGUUCGCAAAAGCUCGCAGCGUGGAAGGACGAAAAACGCAGCCUGAAGGAAAAGCACCACAAAAGCCUGCUGAAACAUCACUCGCACGCGUUCAGCGCACACAAGGACAAGGAGAACCGUGGCGUACGGAUGAAGAUCACGGUCGGAUCGGAGCAAUUGGCAGCGGCAGCGGCAGCUGCGGCCGCUGUGGCCAAACACAAGUUUGCCACCGUUGCCGUAGGUGAGAAGAAACCGACCGAGCAGGGCCUGGACGGUGGCACCAGCAGCAUUUCACGCGUCAAGCGGAAAACCCGUUCGACGCUGAGCAAAAUCGUAGAAAAGGCGGAAAUCAUCACUCACCUGUCGCGGAGUGCUCGCGUCGGUCAAUCCCGCCGGUUGCUGGCCACCAGCUCGCUCUCGACCGCCGGUUCACCCCGGAAGGCGCUACUGAGCGUGCCGUCCGCGACCGCACUGUCUGCCGGUACGGCCGGAUCCAACGCGAACACCCCGAACGGCGUCAAUGGGCCCCCGAACGCACCGUCACCCGGCGUGAAGAAUCCGAGCAAGUUCCGGACCAGCGGGAUCGUUGUUACCGCGGCGCAGCCACUGCCAAAGAUGCGCAAGGCGUUCGCAGGUCGCGGGAAAAGCACGGCCUCGCCGAUCAAGCUGCCCACGACCAGUAUCGAUAUUCAGCUGACGACGCUCUGCUCCGAGACGGAAUCUGAAAGAAACGUGAAGGUGGUUACUGGCAAGAAGCACAAGAAGAAGCGCACGGUGAAGGAUAAAUCGGCGACCGCGAAGCUGCCGUGCUAGAAGGUGGCACGUUGCGCCGCUUGUAGAUAGGCGAUCCGGAUUUUGGGCUUAGCGGUUUUCCGGUCCAUUUUCGUUGGAGCUGUGGUGGGCUCGAGAUCCGCACAUCCCGUUUUACUGCACGCGCCACGGCAUGGUGGCGUAUAUUGAUACAAGCAUUUUACGAGUGACAAGUAGACGCGCGCUCACAUGUUUUGUAAGCUGAACAAGCGAAAGGCGAAAGAUAACGUAAGGAAAACAAUGAUUUAUAGAA